GGUGCUGCGGUGGACGCGGGGUGCAGGUGCCCCGACCGAGGGUUUUCUCGUCCUUCACGAGCACUCGUGGGGUUGGUGUGUCUGGACUGGGUCCCGCGUCUGCUGGAAACUCUGUCGGCCUGUGACUUCACUGACACGUUUCCUGUUUCUCCCGAAGUCCGAGCGCAGACAGCGGUGGUUUUCUCGGGAGCUGUUUCAUGUUCCCCCGGUUUGUCUGGGCAUCAUCAUCAUCAUCAUCAUUGCCAACGUCAAGACGCCAAAAGUCUCGGAGGAUUCCAGCCCGUGUGCCGCGGGCUCCCCAGCGGGGCGCGCUCCGAGUUGGAGCCCCAGGAGGAGAGGGAGUGACAGCCCGGGCUGGGGCCGCGCCCGGGGCGGGGCCUCUGCGGGGGUUUCCCCGGUUCUCCCCGCUGCGGCCCCUCCCCCACCCGGAGCCGCCCCGAAGGGAACGGCCCGGCAGCCCUCACGGUGCUUCUCUGCUGAGCCAGUCUCCUGGGCUCAGAGCCGAUCGGCCCCUCGGCCGUCUGAACGGGUUCUUCAUCAGCAGAGACGGGGACCUGGACCGUGUCACCGAGUGCAGCCCCUGCGAACCGGCUCCUUCACACCGCUCAUCGCAACCGGGAGACCGCGUGCCUGCCGGGUGCCGAGUGCCAGGAGGGUGGUCCCUGCUGCCCUCUCUGUGUGCACAGCAGGUCAGGAUGGGGAGGUGCCUGGUGCCCCGUCUGCCUGCCCUCCCUGUGUGCCUCGCCGUGGUCCAGCUGCUCAGCCCCUGCUCAGCUGUGUUUGCUGUGGUCGGACCCCCCGAGCCCAUCCUGGCCAUGGUGGGUGAAGACGCAGACCUGCCCUGUCACCUGUCCCCGGAGAUGAGCGCUGAGAACAUGGACUUGACGUGGGUGCGACCCAGCCCCAGGCAGGUAGUGCACGUGUACGUGCAUGGGCAGGAGGAAACGCCGGCAGAGGAGUAUCGAGGGAGAACUUCGAUUUUACGAGAGGACGUCACUGCGGGGAAGGCCGCUCUCCGGAUUCACAACGUCAGAGCCUCAGACAACGGCACCUACCUGUGUUAUUUCCAAGAUGGAGACUUCUUCGAAAAUGCCCAGGUGGAGCUGCAGGUGGCAGCGCUGGGCUCUGAUCCCCACAUUGACAUGAAGGGCUACGAGGCUGGAGGGAUCCGUGUGAACUGCACGUCUGCCGGCUGGUACCCGCAGCCCCAGAUCCAGUGGAGAGACGCCAGGGGACAGAGCUUGUCCUCGGAGGCAGCAUCUGCGGCUGCAGAACCCCAGGGCCUUUAUGCAGCCUCAGCCUCUGUGAUCCUGGAAGCCGGCUCUGGGGAGGGGGUGGCCUGUGUCAUCAGAAACCCCCUGCUGGGCCAGGAGAGGUCAGCCAGGCUGUCCAUCUCAGGUCCCUUCUUCAGGAACAUACAGCCUUGGGUGGUGGUGCUCGCGGUGAUGGUGCUGGUUCUUGGGGAGCUCCUGGUGGGGGGGGCAUGCUUGUUGUGCCAACGGCGGAAGAGGAUCCAGGCCCUGUCCCAGGAGAGGGAGAGAGAGGAAGCUGAGAGAGGAGCAGCGUGGGCAGAGCUGCAGCAGGAGCAGAAGGGAAGCGCCCAAGAGACACUUCAGGACGUGCUCAGGCGGAGAAAGCCCAGGUACCGAGCACCUUUGGACUGGGUCCUGAAUCAAGACCUGUGUGAUGGGCAUCUCAGGAGCCGGACCAAGUCACGUCGUCUGGUACUCUCCUGUCCCCCUGCCUGGUCCCUUCUGCGAGGGCAGCCUGGGCGCCCAGGGCCUCCUGUGGACCCUGGACCUGGUUGCCAGCUGGGACCCUCACAGCGCACAGCACACGCCACGCCUGCCUUCCAGGAUUGAGGCCGAGGCUCCCUCCGUGAUUCACUUUUUUGAGCCACGAACAGGAUGUACUUCAAAUUCGGGCAGGGGGUUCCCAAAUCUAGCUGGAGGAUGUUCAUGAGGUCCACGGGACUGGAGGAGAACGACAUUGUCAUCUGUGAGCACGAGGCCCCGGGGACCCUGGCGGAGCAGCCCCACAGGACGCUGCCGCGCUGGCGGAGCGAGCUGUGUGGCUACUGAGAAGCACAGGGGCCCAGACAUAGAAUACGUGGGCCCGUUUGUCAGACGCCUUGUUAAGUGGAGGAAUCCAGUGCCUGCUUGUUACCCGCACUACAAUGACAAGAAAGGGCUUUUAAACAACCCCCCGUGGACACGGAGGUAAGGGGAGAGGGUGCGGGACCGCAGAAGAUGGAGAGUGAGCGACAGUGUGCUCACUGCCGUGUAGUUCCAAUGAGCCUGCAUGUCCGCUGGCCCCGGGGGCGCUGCAAGGAGGCGCCGCCUGCGACAAAGCCCCGAGAUGCCCGGGAAGGAGGGACACGAUCUGACUCUGCAACAGGGGUCCGGGCGGUCCGGAGAGCCCAGGUCUGUGCUGUUCCUGGGACAAGGAAUUUAAUCCGGGCUCACUCUCCUCCCCCGCCCCCCUACCCCAGAACACGAGGGGCCGCUCUCUGAGGGGUCCACUCAGGAAGGCUCUGCACUCGGGGCCCCCGGGCACCGGUGGACUGUGUGAGAUUUGGUGUCAUUAGUUUGUUUCCUGAAGUGUCGUCUCCAGGCCCACACAGCUGACCCCCAGACUGUGCGGGCAGCAGAAGGAACAGAGCACAAAGGGCAACGCAAAGCCCGAUGGUUGUGCCCGGAACGGAGCGCGGGCGAAAGCCGUCCACACGGGGUGGGGGGCCGUCGGCACCCGGAUUUCUCAUGUCACAGGUCAGCUCCGCCAAGGCCGCCAACCCUAUUUUCACUCCCUGGGUGGGAAACACCGCACCAACUCUGAGCCUGACGCCCACGCUGGCUCGUAGCAGAGGUGUGAGGGUUUCCUGUCCCUGUCACAGAGGGGCCUGGCUUCUGUUCAUAAAGUCUGGUUUUGGGGGUCCCCAGGUCCUGAGUCCUCGGGUGUCAUGAGGUUGAGUCCCAUCCCUGUUUGUCGACGCGGUCAGGGGCCAUGAUGCCCGGCCCACGUCCUCCCAGCUGAGCUUCUGUGUCGUCCCCUGGGUUCGGGCGGCCUUCCAACCCCCCACCUGCAAUUGGGGCCCCUGCGGGCGGCC